GUCAAUAUUUGAAUGUUUCAUAUGAUACAUACACACACGGAAGUUUCUUACCACACGCUUCUUGACUCUACCACUGACAUUUAUUUGACACGCGCGUCAUUUGUUAAGUUAACUCAAAAAUAUAUAAGAAUUUCACAUCACAAUUACUAUAGCUUCAAUUGAACUCAUCAUAUUUAUUCAUUAUGGCUUCAUUUUUCAUCUCCUACCAAACACAUAAUUCUUUGUAUCUAUCAAUAUUACUAACGUUAAUACUAUGUUUAAUUUCACAAUCACAGAGAUGUUAUGGUUAUAGUUCAUUUGGAUUUGAUAUUCACCAUCGGUUUUCUGAUCCGGUGAAGGGUAUUUUGGGUAUUGACAAAGUACCUGACAAAGGAACUCGUGAAUAUUAUGUUGCUAUGGCCGACAGAGACCGCGUGUUUCGCGGGCGGCAUCUUGCUGAUGACGGUGGUGAUGUUGAUCAGAAGCUUCUUACGUUUUCUCCUGAUAAUUCCACUUAUCAGAUUGGCUUGUUUGGAUAUUUGCAUUUUGCCAAUGUUUCUGUUGGGACACCAGCUUCAUCAUAUCUUGUUGCAUUGGACACUGGGAGUGACUUAUUCUGGCUCCCUUGCAAUUGUACCAAAUGUGUCCGUGGUAUACAGCUAUCAACAGGAAAGAAAAUUGAGUUUAAUAUCUAUGAUAACAAAGGAUCAUCAACUAGCAAGAAUGUUCCUUGCAAUAGCAGCUUAUGUGAGCAUCAGAAACAAUGUUCUUCAUCUACUGGUACUUGUCCAUAUCAAGUUGAAUAUCUAUCAGAAGAUACUUCAACUACUGGUUUUUUGGUAGAGGAUGAGUUGCACCUAAUUACAGAUCAUGUUAAUCAAACUAAACAGGCCAACCCAAGAAUUACUUUUGGUUGUGGACAAGUUCAAACAGGAGCUUUUCUGAAUGGGGCAGCUCCAAAUGGUUUGUUUGGACUAGGAAUGAGUGAUGUAUCAGUUCCAAGUAUCUUAGCCAAACAAGGCCUAACUUCAAAUUCUUUUUCAAUGUGUUUUGGUGAUGAUGGUUUGGGAAGAAUCACAUUUGGGGAUAAUACUACUAGCAGCUUGGACCAAGGAAAAACACCAUUCAACAUUAGACCAUCACAGUCAACUUACAACAUCACUGUGACACAAAUUAUUGUGGGGGGAACAAAUGCUGAUCUUGAGUUCAAUGCAAUAUUUGACACUGGUACCUCAUAUACAUACCUAAACAACCCGGCGUAUAAGCAAAUUACUCAAAGUUUUGAUUCGAAGAUUAAACUACCAAGACAUUCAUUUUCUAAUUCUGAUGAUCUUCCAUUUGAGUACUGCUAUGACUUAAGAUCAAACCAGUCGGUUCAAGUUCCUAAUAUUAACCUGACGAUGAAAGGCGGAGACAAUUAUUUUGUCAUGGAUCCAAUAGUAAUGGUUAGUGGUCGGGAUGUUAACAAUGUUCUUUGUUUGGCUGUCUUGAAAAGCAACAAUGUGAAUAUCAUUGGACAAAACUUCAUGACUGGUUACCGAGUAGUCUUUGAUCGCGAGAAUAUGACGCUCGGUUGGAAGGAAUCUAACUGUUAUGAGGAUGAACUCUCGAAUUUACCAGUUAACCGAACACAUGCUCCUGCUGUUUCUCCUGCUAUUGCUGUUAAUCCUGAACCAACAUCUAAUCAGUCUAAUGAUCCUGAAAAACUACCAUCUAGUCACUCAUUUAAGAUAAAACCUGCUUUUGCAUUUAUAGUGGCCCUUCUUCUGCUUUUAGCCCUUUUAUGAGCAUAGAUUUAGCUGUUUAGUGUUUUAUUAUUUAGUUUAGUACUAUUUUUUUUAAGAACACGAGAGCAUUAUAUUACUACACAUUUUUUUGGAGUCUUGAUAGCAUUGAUUUGAUAGGGUUUGUGAAUAAUGUAAAAGCAUACAGACAUAGUUGUAUACCAAAUACUAAUAUACAUUUAAAUUCUUACAUUGUACUAGCUCUA